AUGGCCACUGAAGCUGCUUUAAACUCUGCCAAAAAGAAAUGGAUCGAUGCAACCGCGGAAGCCAUCUCUGCUGAGAAGGCGGCGAGGGAAGACUAUGAUGAUCAAAUCAAGUCUAAAUUUACAACCGAUUCUUUCGAUGUCUGGGUUCGACAAAAUGGCCCUCAAUUUGUCGGAAUCUACCAAGAAUACUCCGCCAAAGAAUCUGCAUUUUUCAGUGCCCUCAGAAAUUAUGAUUCUGAAAAGCAUAACGACUGGUGGAAUAAAAGGGGUAAACUGCAGUUGUUUUGGUAUAAUGGGGAUCUUGGUGAUGGCAAAGCAAAGGGAUCAAACUACACCAUCAUCCCCUGUAGUGAUAUAGAGAAUUAUGAUGAGAUUACCCAGGCUAUGUGGGAGGAGAAACAGAAGGCUCAAGCCUGA